AUGGCUUCAGAGGCAGCAAUGACAUGGCGUCGCGCACAGCAGGCCACCGCUGCUGUGCGCAAGGAUCGUGGCUUUGGAGCCGGGUCCGCCUUUCGAGCGGCCAUAGCAACGGACCAGUGCCACCUUUGCGGUGGCUUCGGACACUUUGCUCGCGACUGCAAAGGAGGUGGCAAGAAGGGCAAGGGCAAGGGUGCUCACACCAUGGAGUACGACUACGACUACUACGACGACACCGUGUACUACGUGGGCGGCGGCAAAGGCAAGAAGAAAGGAAAGACCAAAGGCAACUUUGGGCUGAGCAAGGGUCCCAUGCACAAGGGCAAGGGUGGCAAGCCGAUUCGUGUACACCCCGGAGUCAACGCCUAUGGCAUGGAGAUGCUCGGCUCCCUUGGCGAUCCCUCGCUUUUUCAGGCAUCUCAAGAACGGGAUGCUAUUUCUCCAGAUUCCGGGCUCCUGGACUGCGGAGCAACAGCCUCGGCGGGUCCUGAAGCCAGUGUUCAAAGGCUCAUUGCAGCAGUCAUUGAGCAGGACUCGCAGGCGACGAUCACCAUCGAUCAGUCUCGUCGGCCAUAUUUUCGCUAUGGUUCUGGGGCUUGGGGUCGUGCACAGUAUCAUGUUACCAUCGGGUCCAAGGUUUCUGGAAAGAACAAGCAGUUUGAGGUGUAUGCCCUUCCCAAUCCUCCAGAAUAUGUGGAACCCUGGUUCAGACAUCACAUGCUGGUACCCAUCCUGGUAGGUAUGAGUCACAUUGGGGCAACGGGCGCGGGCAUGAUCAUUGACUUUAAUGACGGUUCCUUCCUGAAUGCAGCUGACAUAGCUAAUCACCGAGAGCUACCUCCAGAAGAAGCACGGCACAUGUCCUCAAAUGCCAAAGGCCACUACAUCCUCAAUCUCGUCGAGUACCUCACUGGAGGCCAGGUCUGCAAGGAAGGGAACUGUUCGGUGGUUGUGAAACAUGCCACGCCUACUCCGUUCUCAGUGGAUCAUGAACCUACCUCAGACCAUGUACCUUUGCCGGGAACUGAUGCUGACUUGCCGUUGCAAUUCAUGUACCCGCUAGAGAUGUUUGAAGCCACGCCCAUGCUGAUGAGUUCCGAACAGAAUGAUGAUGUUGAGUUUCGACGGUUGUCCAUGAAGAAGAUGCUACAGUGCCACAUGUCCGAAACCAGCAAUGCGGCAGCUAAGUCAUCGGCAAUGCCGGCUCUCGAUCCGGAGCGCUUGGUCGAAGCCGACCCGCGCGACCCCCGGGCCUUGCGGACGCAAUGGCCUUGCUACGGGUACCACCCCGAGGUGUCGGUGGGCAACAACAAGUACGGCCAAUGGAAGCAUUGCGCAGUCUGUUCGUACAGACUUUCUUACACUCCUCGAGAAGGCGCGCCAGGAUCCGACACCAAGACGGAGAACUUCGUCACCGUGCGACGCGCUUUGUCACAACUACAUGCGGACAUUGGGGAUGUGCAGGUCAUCGAGGAGAUGGUGAAGGUCGCGAUCGAGAUGGAGUAUGCCAAGAACCGCUACCACCAGUUGAUUCAGAAGUUCGACAAGAAGAAGGCGGUGGCGACUCAUCCAAAGCCGGCGGCUACUACAUCGACACCGGUGGCGACGACGACGAGCGGCUACAAGGUGACGGUGGAGAACGAGCUCCUGAAUCCGAACCUGGUGGAUAUGGAGGCGACAGUUCCAAAGCGGGUGGCCCAAUGCAUCAUGGCAGCCUUCACCGUCCUCGCGGGCACCUACAGGAAUGAGAUGCAGAACUUCCUGGCUGAGUCCGGACUGCGAGCCUACCGGGUGAAUCACGCCAACGGCUAUGACCUCUACAAGCGCGAGAGGCAGUCCUUGGAAGCUCAUCGGCGUCACGAGCGCACGAUGCUGCGGCGCCUGGUGGACCUCGUGGACUGGAUCCUCACACAGAACUCGAUGGUGGAAAUCUUUUGGGAAUGGCCAUCGGAGAGCCUGGGCUGGAAGGAGGAAGCGAUGACCGUGCUGGAAAAGCAAAUAUGGAAGGCCAACAAGGAUUGGCUGGUAUGUCGCAUGGAUGGAUGCCGCUACGGCCUUCGAGACGGCGACAAAGGCGCCUUCAUCAAGAAGCGGUGGAUGAUCCGAACCACGUGCCCUCGCUUCCACUCCAUGUUCAAGACCAAGGUGUGUGUUCAAGAUCACGCUCAUGUUCCAGCCAAGGUGAUGGACCAAAAGGGGCGCCUGGACUAUCCUUGGCGCUUUGUGAGCUCUGUGGCCAAGGCUUGGACGGACCAUCUGUUUCCUCUACGGCAUUUGGCAAUUCCGACGCAAGCCUACAACUACGCGGCUGACGAGCUCGAUGGUGAGAAUCCAGAAGAGGAUGGAGUUGAUCUUGAUCGAGAUGAUGAUCCUCCUGAUCCAGACCAGGACGGUCCAUCUGAGGAAGAAAAGGCCAACUGGGAGCGCAAGCUUCGGAGGUUCCACAAUGCGGCGGGACAUCCCUCGAACAGUCAGUUGGCCCGCAUCGUGAAGGAGGCGGGCAAGCCGAAGUGGAUGAUCGACGCCGCUCAGAAGCUUCAUUGUCCUCACUGUGCUUCGGUGUGUCCCGGUGGGAUAUCUUCCAAGCAAGUGCCUCCACUCUCGACACGACCGCUACCACAAGCUUGGCAACAAGUGGUUUCUGAUGUUGGGGAGUGGACAAGCGCGGCCCACAAGUGCAAGCUCAAGUUCAUUGUGUUCGUGGAUGCGGCCACUCGGCUGCGUGUGGCCGAGCCCCUUUUCAGGUGUGCCAUUUCUGAGAUGAAGAAUGAGACCGGGCUACAAGUGGUGGAAGCUUUCUCGAAACGGUGGCUCAGUGACAAGCCCAAACCCGAGAUCUUCAUUCCAGACAACGCUACCUCCUUCAAGUCCCGUCACUUCCAGGACUUUUGCUCGAGUGUGAACAUUUGGGUCGCACCGCCAGCUGAGGCUGAGGCCUGGGCCCAUGGCGUUGCAGAAGCUGUUGUCCAAGACUUGAAGGAGGUCAUGGAGAAAAUCCAGUUGCACAAUGCCUUCCUUCAGCCUGAGACUUGUCUUGCUUUGGCCACAGGUGCUCUGAACCAAACUUCCUUUGUGAAAGGGUUCUCUUCCUACCAGUGGGCCUACGGCAAGCAGUUCACCUUCACGGACGAGGACGAGAUCACGAUGUCUCAGGUCAAGGCCGACGCACCCUUUGCGGAGUUCAGUCGUCUUCUUUCAUUACGACAUGACGCGGAGCAGCGGGCAAAGGAAGUGCGGGCACAGCGUGUGUUGUCGAAGCUUAAGAACACCAUCCGUCGACAACCCCUUCGGACCUUUCAGCCCACUGAGAUGGUCAAGGUAUGGCGGCGAGCCCUACCUCUUGAACUACAUCGUGGACGUGAUGGUGGAUCUAAGAAAGCGGGCCGUCACCAUUGGAUUGGUCCUGGGAGAGUGGUGCUACACGAGACUGUGCCUCACCAAGCGGAGGAUGACUAUCUGAGGCACAUUGUGUGGGUCGUCAUCGGCGGCAAGCUCUACAGAUGUUCGGCACACUCCGUGCGACCGGUGACGGAACAGGAGCGAGCAUGGCAUCACCUACAGACCGAGGAGGAUGCCUCAAAGUGGCGCUCGCUCCAGGACAUUAUCCCGACCAAGGAGUACACCGACCUCUCCAACCAAGAGCCUCCUGGAGAUGUGGCCGGGGACUUUGAUCCUGAUCUACCACAAGCACCAGACUAUGAGACGUGGAUGCCAUCCAAGCGCCUACGGUACAAACAGAUGCCACCACUACGAACCGCGCCACCUCCUGUACUACAACCCGUUCCGGAACCCGUCAACGACUACGACGAGUACUCUCCGUCUCUUCCUCCAUCAGAAGCCCCUCCUCCCAAUGAGACUCGCAUGGAGGAUGACGAGGAGUUUGAUCGGAUGCUUCGAGAAGGAGGUGACACUGGUGGUGAAAAACGUGCGACUUCAUCUACGGCAACUCCUUCUCCAGAGUCCAAGAGAGCACGUGUGGAUGUGGAUGAGUUUGAGGAGGAGCUGACACUCCACACAGCAUUGCAGGAGAGUGAGUGUGCCUACAUCAUGGAGUUUGACAUGAAUUUGAUGUCACAGCGUCAGAUGAAGAAGUUCCUACGGUCACCUUCGGCGUAUUUGGUCGGGAAGAUGAGAGAUUGUGAAGUUCGCUGGGAUCGUCUUACGCCCCAGCAGAAGGAACUCUUCACAAGGGCCAAGACCAAAGAGGUGAGCAGUUUCAUCAAGCAGGAAGCGGUGCGCAUGUGCCACAACUACGAGGAGGAACAAGAGGUGACGGGAAUGCGGAAGGCCAAGGCCCGCAUUGUGCUACUCGGCUAUCAACAUCCAGAUCUUCUACGAGAAGGAUUCAGUUCAAGUGCCCCGGUGCAGUCCGUGCUCACGAGGAACCUAGCGUAUCAGAUGGCAGUCCACAAUGGCUGGGCGGUUGAGGGCCUCGACCUCUCGACUGCUUUCCUUCAGACGGCUCCGAAGGAAGAGAUGCGCAUCUGGACCGAGGGAGUAGCUGAACUACGUCAAGCCCUAGGACUUCGGGACGAUCAGCUGCUUCGAGUACUUAAAGAUUUCUAUGGAUCGGCGACUGCACCAAGAGGCCUGUGGAAGGAUCUCCAUGGUACCUUCACCAAACUUGGAGCCGUGAAGAUCAUGUCGGACCCAUGUAUGUGGAUCUGGUCCGAAAAAGUGGAGAAGCCGAGGAAUGAAUGGGAUCAGUGGCGUACCAUCGGAAUGAUGGGAGGCCACGUUGACGACUUCAAUCGUGCCGGUGACCGCCAAAACCCUAGGUGGUGUGCCAUUCGUGAACAGAUCGACAAGGCAUACCAAUGGGGCACCAUCAAACAUGGCAGCUACCGCCAUGCGGGCACCGACAUCAUCACGAGGCACACGCAUGACGAUGGAAUGUUCAUCGAGGUGAACCAGGAUCAGUACAUCGAGGCUAUUGCUGACUUUGACCUGGCGUCCCAGUCCAAUCGUGUCUUGGAUAGCCCCCUGACUGAGAAGGAGGUCUCGUCAUGCAGAGCGGCACUAGGCGCUCUCCAAUGGGUGGCGGUCCAGACUCAGCCACUGAUCUGUGCCAGGUGCAAUUUGAUCAUGUCGGACCUGUCCAAUGGUCCCAAGUUUGCCUUGGCAAAGGAGAUCCAGCAGCUCAUUACCGAAGUCAAAAGCGAUCCUCAGCGCUUGACUUUCAAGCGACUCCCGGAAGUGCGACAUUGGCAGGACAUGCACGUGGUCACUUUAGGCGACCAGGCGCACAACAACAGGCCGCGAGGCGGCUCAACAGGCGGUCUCCAAGAAAGGCCGGUCGACAUCAUAAAGCGCUCUUUGCGUCAAACGACCGUAUAG